AUGGGGCCAAGUGCGCUGACGAAUCCCUCCGGAGAGAAACGUUCUAUCGGCUUUCCCAAAACGCCGAGUACUCCCAACGUAUACGUGCAGUCAAGACCUCGCAACAUUCGUUUGUGUGUCUUCAGUGUGCACGCGCGGCUCCUCUUGAUAUACGGUGAAGCACAGGCCGCCUGCGCAAAUAGACCAGUACCUUUGGAACGGGAGCGCGCUAUUGUCACCAGCAAGCUGCUUCACACGGCAUCACAGCAGGCCGCGUACGCCCAGAGCAUAGUCCCCUCCCUUAGGCUCUCUGAUGAUGAGUUUUUACGAGGCAAGGACCACCUUCACGCAGACUAG